CAGAAAAAGGCAGUCGAAAGCUGUUCCAUAUCAAACAAUCAAAUUCGUUUACAAACAAACUAGAACGGAUAUAAACACAUCAUUUGUUUUUAUUUAAAUACUUAGUGCUUUAAUUUUAAGAACGUAAAUUGUUUGUAACAUUAAUUCAUAAAAACUAGAUUAUGAAAGAUAAUUGCGUCAAAAAAUUCCUUGAAUUAUGUGAGAUCAUUGAACUGUAUUGAAAUCUUUGAAUGCAUUCAAGUUGAGAAUCAUGAAAAAGCUUGAAAAGGGAGCCGAUGCUCCCGUCAGGCCUUUCAAACUGUCUCACCAAGUGUUAUGUAUUACGCAAAUCAACUUUCAAAGGCAAGCAUUAAUAGGUUCAGUAGAAUUAACAAUAAUUCCUCUUAAAAGUGAUCUUCGAAAAAUCAGAUUAAAUGCAAAGCAAAUACGUAUAUACAAAGUUGCUCUGAAUGAAUUUCAUGAAGUAGAAUUCACUUACAAUGAUCCCUGUUUAGAUAUCUGUCAAGGAGAUAUUCGUCAAAAAAGCAUUGAUCAUUUCAACUCCAGCCACCUGGCAGCUGUCAAUGCAGUGGAUUCAGAUAAAGGAAAUGGAGAACUCUGUAUUAGAGUCACUCCAGAUUUAAUGCAUUUGGUUCAAGAAGGUAAACCUUUAAGAAUUAGCAUUGAUUUUGCAUUAGAGAAACCUCAAGGUGGAAUUCACUUUGUUGUUCCAGACUGUGAGGGCACUAUGGUUGAAAGAUGUGCCCAUAUGUUCACGUACGGGUGUGAUAACUCAUCACGGCUGUGGUUUCCUUGCAUCGAUUCAUUUUCUGAACCGUGUACUUGGCGUAUGGAGUUUACUGUAGAGGCGGCAAUGGUUGCCGUUUCUUGUGGUGAUUUAGUGGAAACCGUGUUCACUAGUGAUAUGCGUAAAAAAACCUAUCACUAUAACCUAGCUGUACCUACUUGUGCACCUAAUAUUGGCUUAGCAAUAGGACCUUUUGAAAUAUUUGUUGAUCCUCAUAUGCAUGAAGUUACUCAUUUUUGUUUACCUCAACUGUUGCCACAUUUGAAGCACUCAACAAAAUUUUUGCAUGAAGCUUUUGAGUUCUAUGAAGAACUAUUAUCAAGUAGAUAUCCUUACUCAUGUUACAAGCAAGUAUUUGUUGAUGAAACUUUUCAAGAUGCUCGACCUUACGCAACAAUGACUGUUUUGAGUACGAACUUGUUAAGCUCACCUCAAAUUGUUGAUCAAACCUAUAUUUCUCGGAGAGUUAUGGCUCAUGCUGUGGCUGAGCAGUUUUUUGGAUGUUUUAUUAGCAUGCAGUCAUGGUCUGAUGCAUGGUUGCCCAAAGGUAUUUCCAUGUAUCUUUCUGGGCAUUUCAUGAAGAAGGCAUUUGGUAACAAUGAGUAUAGACUAUGGGUUCAUGGUGAUUUUAAUGAAGUGUUGCGAUAUGAACAGAAAUAUGGAGGAUUGGUGCUUGAUUGUAGUGUAACUCCUGCUCCAGGAAGUGUUGCUGCAGCUGCUCAAGGCAAAGAUGGUACAUUUUAUUUUCCUACUCAGCAUUUAAAUACGACAUCACCCGAGUAUAAUAACAUAUUGACUAAAAAAUCACAUUUAGUCAUUAGAAUGCUGGAAGAUAGAAUAGGAAGAGAGUUACUUCUUCAAGUUUUCAACAAACUGUUAUCGCUGGCAUCAUUAGCAUCAAACUCUACUCAACAGCAACAAAAAGUGACAAAGGAAACUUGGCUAAAUAUGCUUUUAUCUACUACAAGUUUCCAAAAAGCAAUAUUUACUGUUACAGGCAAAGACAUCAACACAUUUUUAGAUCAAUGGGUAAGGCAAGGAGGCCAUCCUAAAUUUUCUGCUAAUUUUGUAUUCAACAGAAAACGAAAUACAGUAGAGUUGGAGAUUAAGCAGUUGGAUAUUCAGAAUCGAGGGAUUCGACGCUAUGUUGGACCAUUGACUGUGACCAUACAAGAAUUAGAUGGCACAUUUAAACAUAAUUUGCAGAUUGAAGAAAAUGCAACUAAGCAUGACAUAACAUGCCAUUCUAAAAGCAGAAGAAACAAAAAGAAGAAGAUUCCAUUAUGUACUGGAGAAGAAGUUGAUAUGGAUUUGAGUGCUAUGGAUGCCGAUUCUCCUGUUUUAUGGAUUCGCAUAGAUCCAGAAAUGUUGUUGUUGAGACAAGUUGUAAUUGAACAGCCUGAUUAUCAAUGGCAAUAUCAGUUGCGUUAUGAACGAGAUGUAACUGCACAAAAAGAGGCUAUCGAUGCACUGGAAAAAUUUCCUACCCCAGCAUCAAGAUCAGCUCUAACUAAUACCAUUGAAAAUGAGCAUUGUUUUUAUAAAGUAAGAUGCCAUGCUUGUUUCUGUUUACAAAAAGUUGCCAAUGCUAUGGUUGCGACUUGGGCUGGUCCACCAGCUAUGAUGCAGAUUUUCAGAAAGUUGUUUGGAUCUUACUCUUGCACACACAUUAUUCGAUUGAAUAAUUUUAAAAAUUUGCAGCAUUAUUUUCUUCAAAAAGAUAUACCUGUGGCUAUGUCUGGUCUUAGAACUGUACAAUGUAUAUGUCCUCCUGAAGUUUUGAAAUUUCUACUCGAUUUAUUCAAAUAUAAUGAGAACAGUAAGAAUAAAUUUUCUGAUAACUAUUACAGAGCUGCUUUAGUUGAUGCUUUGGCUGAAACAGUCACUCCUGUUAUUUCAGUAUUACCUCACACCGGUCUUUCUGUUACUGCUGAUUCAUUGUCCUCUGACACAAAACUAAUUCUGGAAGAGAUUACCAGAUGUUUAAAUAUGGAAAAACUUUUAUCUUGCUACAAAUUUACAGUAACAGUUAGUUGCCUAAAAGCAAUACGCAAACUACAAAAAAUGGGACAUAUACCAAAUUUUCCCUCUCUGUUUCGAGAAUAUGCCGCUUAUGGAAUGUUUAUUGAUGUACGUUUAGCUGCUCUUGAAGCUCUGGUUGAUUUCACGAGUGCUGAUGGAAAGGAAGAAGAUCUUAAUUUUCUUCUUGAUAUAGUGGAAAAUGAUCCAGUUCCUGCCAUUCAGUAUGAAGUUUUACGCAUGCUCAACGAAAAGCCACCCUUUAUUAACAAUGAUUCUAAUCCACUAAAUUCUGAAGAUUUAGCUGAAAGACUAUGGCGGUUUAUGAAUUGUGGAACAGCAUAUGAUUCUUUAAGAAGAUGUGCCGUGAUGGACCUUUAUCACACCCUUUAUGGUCGCAAGAGACCGACGAUCCUGCCAUCUCCUGAUAUUGCUGUUACAAUAAGCAUAAAAGAUAAAAAACCACGAAUACCUGUAAGUUCUUUAAAUGAUGAAAUUCCACUGGAUGACUCAUUUCCACCAGCUAAUGCAUGUAUCAUGCUUGAAACAAUAAAAAUAGAAAAUCUGAAUGAAUUUGGAGGGGGUGGGGAGAAAAGAAAGGCAUCCUCUCCCUUACAUUUUGAGGAUAAUUCUCAUUUUUAUUCAUCAGAUGGUAAAAUCAAAGCUGAAGUAAUAAUAGGUGACAAUCCGGAUACCAACAAAGUGCGUGUUAGAGAAUCUGCCAGUGUUCCCGGAACUUCUCUGUCGACACCAGGCCUUACCGGGAUGUCGUCGCUUCAAAGAACGAACAGUAGUAGUAUUGAUUCAGCAUCAGUGCCCGCUGCUUCUCAAUUUUGUACCUAUGAAGGAUAUUCUGAUGACUCUCAAUCUAAAUCUUUGCCUGGCAUUCAGAGCACAUUUGGCCAACAGCCAACUGGGUUUGAUUCCAGUAUGUUUAAAAAACCAUCCGAUGAUCUGAUGGAUAAGUCAAAUAUGGCAACCGAACUCUCAAGCCAGGCAGGUAAAAUUCAUAAAAAGAAGAAGAAAAAGAAAAAUAAGCAUAAACACAAACACAAGCACCGUCAUGAGAAACAUGAUAAACCUGAGCGAGCUGAAAAAGAUAGAAUCUAUAGUUCUGGUGGCAGCAGUAAUCUGUCUCCAACUACAUUUAGUGGAGGAAGUCCACAAGCAGAAAUAUUGUAAUUUGAUGCUAGAACAUUAUUUUAAGUUUGACUUUUUAAAAAAAAAAAAUUCAUUUUAAAAUUUUCAUAUUAAUCUGUUUUGUGCAAAUGAAUCUUUUUUUUUUUACAGAGUGUGUAGGAAGAUUUCAAUAUUUCCAUAUCAGUAUCUGUACCAAAAUAGCAAAUCUGUACCAAAUUUUGUGACUCCUGGGCAGUUGCCUGCAAGCAACUAAAAAAAAAAAUAAUAAUAAUAAAAAACAAGUCAGUAAAGACCAUAUAUCAAAGGGUAUAACAUGUAGUCAUGCCCGGCUACAUAUUUUUUAAAAAAAUUUUUAAGUUUAAAAAUCUCUCUGGCUUUUUGGCUGGUGCCAACAGAUCUGAUAGGGAAAUAUACCCAAUUGUUUCAAUAUGCUAUGAUCGACCUUUUUUUUUCUUCUCUAAUUUAAAAAGUAUCUUCAUAGAAAAAAUACAGUUUUCUUUAUAUGAUUCAAAACAAUGAAUCUAAGAAAAGAGAUAUUAAUGCAAUGAAUAUUUUAUUUAUCACUUGUAAAAAUUAAAUUUUUGUUCAUCUUAUAUGUGUCUUUAAUAAGUUUCUGCUUGUACUGAUUAUGUCAGCUUAUUUUGAAAUAUGCUCAAUGGCUUUUAAUUUUGUUUAAUUAAAAGUUUUGUCACUACUUAGUCUGACAAAAAUAAUAACAAAACAACUAAUCAAAAACAUCGUAACAACAUGAUUAAAUAGUUUUUAUAAUAAAUGGUAAUAACUUAACAUAUAUUUUUUGUUUUUAAUUGCUAAGUAAAAUUAUGAUUUCACAAUUGUAAGUUUUUCCGUUUUUAUUAUAUACUGUAUAAAUCAUUUACAUAUUGUUUAAUAAUUAAAUAAAUACUCAAUG